AUGGAUCGUGAUUAUUGGAUGUAUAAAAUUUCGCGUGUAUCCGAAAUUUAUACAGUGGGUGUUCGAAGUUUUAUUAAGGCUGCCGAAGCAAAUCGCGUAAAGAGAGGAAGCCGUUCGAUUUGUUGUCCUUGUGCCAAAUGUGAGAACCUUAGAUAUUAUAACUGCAAUGAAAUAGAGUUCCAUUUGUUCGAAUAUGGUUUUAUGCCUCAAUACCAUUGUUGGUCAAGGCAUGGAGAGUCACUAGUUGAUUUUAGCACCUCCUCGACCACUUUAGACAUUAAUGAUAGUACAUACAACAACGACUCAUUAUACGUUGAUGACCAUUCAAAUGACCCUAGUGACAAUUUAAAUGAUAUGUUAAAUGACAUGGAGACUAAUAGGGGUGAUGCCGAAAAAGAAAAUCUACAACAACUAUUUGAAGAUGAAGAAAAAACAUUAUAUACCGGUUCUAAAUUUACGAAACUUGAUGCUGUGUUGAAGUUGUUGAACUUGAAGUCGAAAAACGGAUGGAGCGAUAAAAGUUUCACAAAUUUAUUAGUGCUUUUGCAUGACAUGCUUCCGGAAGACAAUGAAUUACCAGUUUCGACAUACCAAGCAAAAAAGUUGACAUGUCCGAUGGGAUUGGAAGUUGAAAGAAUACAUGCAUGUCCAAAUAAUUGUAUAUUGUAUAGAAAGCAGUAUGCAAAUGAACAUAAAUGUGUUAAGUGUGGUGCAUCCAGGUAUAAACGACUAAAAGAUUCGGACGACGCUGAUGAUGAUGUGAAAAAAAAUGGACCACCAGCUAAAAUGUUGUGGUAUCUCCCCAUUAUACCGAGGUUGAAAAGGUUAUUUUCAAACGAAAAAGAAGCAAAAUUAUUACGUUGGCAUUCAGAUGAACGUGUAAUUGACCAAAAACUAAGACAUGUGGCGGAUUCACCUCAGUGGAGAACCAUUGAUAACAAGUAUCCUGAAUUCGGGAAGGAGACGAGAAACAUACGGUUUGGGCUUAGUUCAGACGGGAUGAAUCCUUUCGGGAACAUGAGCAGUCGUCGUAGUACGUGGCCGGUUCUUUUAUGCAUCUACAAUCUUCCACCGUGGUUAUGCAUGAAACGGAAAUACAUUAUGAUGUCGUUGUUGAUUCAAGGUCCUAGACAGCCAGGUAAUGAUAUUGAUGUGUAUUUGUCUCCUUUAAUUGAUGACUUAAAAACUCUUUGGGAUUCGGGUGUAGAAGUAUAUGAUGCCUAUAAGAAAGAACACUUUCAAUUGCAUGCCAUGAUUUUCUGUACAAUAAAUGAUUUUCCAGCAUACGGAAACUUGUCAGGAUAUAGUACCAAGGGUAAGAAAGCUUGUCCUGUUUGUGAAGAUGAAACAAGCUCAACAUGGUUAAAAAAUUGCAAUAAAACUGUAUGCAUGGGGCAUCGAAGAUUCCUUCCGAAGGGUCAUAGUUUUAGGAAGAAAAGAGAGGAGUUUAACGGAGAGAUCGAGACCGGAACGAUGAGAACACGGUUCGAUGCAUUUUCACGAGUUGAAAAUCUAAAUACUGUGUUGGGAAAAAGAUCUCGUGAUAAGAGUGGAAUCAACUGGAAAAGAAAAUCAAUCUUUUGGGAUUUACCUUAUUGGAGAGAUUUAAAUGUUAGGCAUUGUCUAGAUGUUAUGCACAUAGAAAAAAAUGUAUGUGAUAGCUUGAUAGGCUUAUUAUUAAAUAUUCCGGGUAAAACUAAAGACGGGAUUAAUGUCCGAAAAGACAUGGUACUUUUGAAUAUACGUAAAGAUCUUGCCCCAGAACAAAGGGGCGACCGUAUUUAUCUGCCACCUGCUUGUUAUAACACAACAAAAGAAGAAAAAAGGCAGUUCUGUCAAUGUUUGCAUGAUAUUAAGGUUCCAUCAACUUAUUCUUCAAACAUUAAAAGAUUGGUGUCGAUGAAAGAUUGUAAAUUGCUUGGAAUGAAGUCUCAUGAUUGUCAUGUUUUGAUGACACAUAUGAUUCCUAUCGCGAUUCGUGGAUUGUUACCGGAUAACGUCCGACAUACGAUCACAAAACUUUGUUUGUUUUUUAACAACAUUCACUCAAAGGUUAUUGACAAAGAAGACUUGGAUAAAUGGCAAAAAGAUAUUUAUGUUACCCUUUGUGAACUAGAGAUGUACUUCCCACCAUCAUUUUUUGAUGUAAUGGUUCACCUGAUAUCUCAUAUCGUACAAGAGAUUAAAGCUUGUGGUCCGGUAUUCCUACGGUACAUGUACCCUUUUGAAAGAUACAUGGGUUACCUAAAAGGUUUUGUAAAAAACCGUAAUCGACCAGAGGGCAGUAUUAUUGAAGGGUAUACUUCUGAAGAGGCGGUUGAGUUCUGUCAAGGCUAUAUGGAGGGUGUCGACAGUGUUGGUGUUCCAGUAACUCGUCAUUCGGGCCGGCUUCUGGGUCAGGCAGUAAUUGGUAUCAAAACAACCAUGCCACAACGAAAAGACGUGCAAGAUGCACAUUUAGUGGUCCUAAAACACAUGACAUGCCUUGCUCCAUAUGUUAAUGAACACAUGGAGAUGUUACGGUUGACACACCCGGGCAAGGAUGAUUUAUGGUACAUAAACACUCAAAACAAAGAGUUAUCGAAGUGGAUGGAAAUGAAGGUAACCAAAACAGAUGUUGAUGAUACUGUGAAAAGGCUUGGGCAGGGUCCAGACUGUAGAGUUAUAACUUCCCAGGGGUACGACAUUAACGGUUAUACUUUUUACACCAGUGAUCAAGAUAAAAAAAGUGUUGUGCAAAACAGUGGAGUUACUAUAACAGCAUCAACGACCGAGUUCAGCAGAGGGCGCCACGAUACAAUGAUGAAUAUCGCCAAAAAUUCUUAUUAUGGUGUUAUACAGGAAAUUUGGGAAUUGGACUAUCAUGAUUUCACUAUUCCUUUGUUCAAAUGUAAGUGGGUGAACAACAGUACAGGUGUUCAAGUUGACAAAUAUGGUUUUACACUUGUCGACCUUACCACUGAUGGCUAUAAAUCUGAGCCAUUUGUUUUGGCAAAGCAUGUCACACAAGUUUUCUUUGUCAAUGACCCAAGCAAACCAAGAUACCACAUUGUCUUGCAAGGUAAACGCCGUAUUCUUGGUAUUGAUAAUGUCAUUAACGAGGAUGAAUAUGACCACUUUGAUGAUCUACCACCAUUUUCGGUCGGUAUUGAACCAAGUAAUUACGACAACAUUAAGCACACCAAAUACCUACGUGAUGACACCGAUGGGAUUUACGUUGAUUAAGGAUAAACGGAAAUGAUGAAGUAAAAAGACGUGUUUGAUUAUUUGUGCUAACUAAGGAGACAUUUUCGAUUGUUUGUGUUAUUUCAUUUAAAACUUUUACAUUGGAUAGGCCAAUGUUUAACUUAUUGAUACACUUUUUCACUUUAUUUUUUUAA